GAUAACAAGGAUUUCAGUUUUAUUUGAGUUGAGCUGAAGAAGAUUUAUCGACAUCCAGUGUUUUACGUCAGACAGGCAGUCCUGCAGAGAACUCAGCAUUGGUCCCAGAAUACUUUUGAUUUUAAAUAUAUGAACUAAACUAAAGUUAAGGCCUCUAUUUUCAUAUAAAUUGUUAAUGUUUUAAGUUAGCACAGAUAGUUUAUGUGUGUCGAUGCUGAUAUUCAUACAUUUGAUGCCAGCCGACUGCACAGACUGUUCUUGUGCACUAGGUGGCGACAAUGUUGGUUUACGAUCCGCUAAUAAACACAAAGAAGAAGGAAUGACAGUAAAGUACAUCCAUGCAGCUUUGUGAAGAUGAGAUUAAAUGUAUUCCACGAGUAGUCUCCAAAAUCUGUAAGAACCGGGCGGCUGUGUUGUGUUAGAAAUAUAAAGAGACACCUGCCAGCUCAAUGGAGCUGUUAGCUGCUCUCUGCUUUUAGCUAGCUAGCUGGAAUAGGUCAAAAAAAGCUAGCUAGCUAGCUAGCAUCCUGUCGCGCUAACAGUCACAAACCCUCACUUUUUCACAAGAGGAGGCAACAUUAAUCAACUAACGACAGUUUUUCCCCACUUCAGAUCAAAAGCUCCGUCUGUGCACCAUGGCUUCAUCAGAGGUCAGCAUGCAGGAAAUGAGUGAGGUUGUGAUCGUCACCAUACCAGAGACUGUGGGCGAGGACCUGCCCUCUGUGGUGGAGGAGGACAAGGCGGUGCUGGUGACUGCGGAGCUGACCCCCCAGCCGGGGGAGGACGUCCUCACUGUGGCGCCGGUGGAAGCAGAAGCCGAGGCCGCCGGCACAACAGAUUCACUGUCAAAGGAAGAGGCGGUCAUUGUGAAGCUAACCGAGGAGGUGGACGUGGAAGCGGAUGUCUUCUACCCGAUCACCUGUGGAGACGCCAAAGCCACGCUGGUCUGGAAGAAGUUCGUCUGCCCUGGGAUCAACGUGAAGUGCGUCCAGUUCAACGAGCAGCUCAUCAGCCCGAAGGAGUUUGUGUGUUUAGCAGGGAAAUCCACUCUGAAGGACUGGAAGAGAGCCAUCCGCCUCAACGGCACCAUGCUCAGGAAGAUCAUGGACUCAGGUGAACUGGACUUCUACCAGCACACGAAGGUCUGCUCCAACACCUGCCGCAGCACUAAGAUAGACCUGGUGGGAACCAAAGUGUCCGUCAGCAGUGACCAGUCUGCUGAACUGGUUCCUGUCACCCCCUCAUCAGCCGAGCUGAACGGAGCGACAGUCCCGUUUCCAGAGGUGGCCGAGGAAACUUCAGAGUGGGUCACAGCCAUCGGAGAGGACUCGGUGGCGUUCUGGCGUGGGGUGAAGGAGGCGGGGCUGCUGGAGGAGGUGGUGGAGGACUUCCAGAUGGAGCUGCAGGAGGUGAUGAAGGGGCUGCAGGAGAGAGUGUGUGACCCACCGCUACAGGUCAAAGAUGCCGUUUUGCUCAACAACACGGUGCAGAACUUCGGGAUGUUGGACCUGGUGAAGAAGGUUCUGGCCAGUCACAAGAGCCAGAUGGACCGUUACAGAGAGCAGUACACUCGCAGCCUCGCCUCUCUGGAGCAGCAGUGUGACGAGCACAGGAAGCGAGCCAAGGAGCUGAAGAGCAAGUCCCAGCACCUCAACAACGUCCUGAUGACCCUCACCCCAGUCCCUGCGCCCCCCGCGCCCAAGCGCCCCCGGCUGACCCGCGCCAUCUCCGGCCCGGCCUCGGUCGGCGCCGCCCCCGCCCAGAUCACUCUGCCUCUCAACCAGCUGACGGGCCUGCCGCUGGGCAAGGUGCUGACCGUGGCAGGAGGCCCUGCCGGCGCCAACCUGGGGGGCUACACCUUCCUGACCUCCUCGCUCUCUGGGUCGGAGCUGACGGCCGACGCCUCCAACCUGACCGUGCUGUCCGCGGCGGGUCAGGAGGGCGCGGCCGGCUCCGCAGCCUCCACGGCCUUCGUUAAGGUGGUCGGCCCCCAGUUCCAGCUGGUGACGCUGCCGGCUCCUCUGCAGAGCUUGGCCGCCGCGCAGAGCGCCGCCGUCCAACAGCAGGUGGGCAGCAUCAGUGUGGUGGACGCCACGGCAACCGCUGCAGACGAUUCACAAGAGGAAGGCCAGGCCGACGGUGACGAGGAAGGUCAGCCAGGGCAGGUUAAAGAGGAAGGCGGGGAGCAGCUGUGAGACAGGCGAUCCCUCUCCCGCCUCCCAGCCUGUCACUGGCCUUCGUGUCAUCGUUUUGGACCCUGGACCGAACGGAGGCCGGCGGCUCGUCCACUUCCUGGCUUUCACAGACCAUUUCACGCAUCGUGUGCUUUUGUCCUUUAACUUUAACGGCUUCCUGAGCCUUCCUCGGAGAUGUCGUCCAACUGUCAAGAUACCCGAGUUUAUAUCAGCGUGGCGGGAGCGAUUUUACUGUAAAUAUGCAUUUGUAAAUAAUGUGUUUGAUACUGCUGUUACUGGAGGGAUUUAUUCCACGUAGGCUGGAAGAAGCAGCGUUGUUCAGUUUGGUAAUAAAUGUUUUCAAGAACAACUUGUGUUAAAUAUUAUUAUCAUGUAUUAUUCCACGUCUUCGUCAGCGUGUAACUGGAGUGCGCUCGGAGACGGACCGAGGACUCGUACCUUUUCAAGCUCGCUUUGUUUUUUGGUCUCAGAGAAAAUUACUCAAGGUCCACUUACUGGCUUCUUCUGGAACUUUCAACCGCAGCUCACUGUCUUCGUCAGAUGGAGUGUGCUCAGCCGUCGUGUCAGUGCGUCAGCUGUAAUAACUAUUGGCUGACUAGAGUCAUUAAGACCACAAAAAAGGACCAAAGUUUUGCACGAAUUGUUCCCACGUCACAGGUAAAUCAGGUAAAUCCGAAACAGGUGGUCGGUUUUACGCGCGGCGUGUCUUCGGGCUGUCGUCGGGCCUAAAUGACCCCGUCGAUCCUCAUCCAGGGAGUCUGGUUCUGUGCUUGAGGAUUGACUUGUCGACCCUGGAUGAAGUUAUCCUGAAUAACAGCGUGCUCUUAUUUUGAUAUAGAGGCAAACUGGGCAGAGAGUUGAAACCAUGUGACUGCAGUGGUGUGUUGGGAGCCCUCCCAGCAUGCACUGGGGCGACAGAUUCAUGGACACAAAUUUUGUUCACUUUCUCAAACUGCAUUCGGUCCUGUUUCAGUGCGCAGACGUUCAUUGUGUUGCAUACUGGAUCAUGUGUGAGUGCAGGUAACUGUUCAUUAUUAAAACGACAUUGUGAUAAUUACA